AACUUGUGCCCUACAUGCGGAUUAUCUGUCACAUCUGCACAGAUGUUAAGAAACCAGGACGCGCCGCUCGUCACUUACGCGCACUUCAUUCGCCCCUCACGCUCCGCCAGUGCGCACAGAUGAGAGCGCUUGAAUUUGACGGCUCUGCGCGGAAAAGUUUGACACGUUUGGAGGCGUCUUCUCUUGAAAAACAAGACACUGACCUUCAACCAAGAUGAGCCGACGUUAGGGGAAGAUGACGGACUGAAAGUGAUGGAGCCGACUCCGCCGGUGAACGCCACCAACGACAGUUUGGUUCCACUGGAAGCGGAUGGUCCUGAUGAGAGUCUGGGCUUUCAGGUCAGCGUGGCGGCGGUUCUGUCCGUCAUCACCCUGGCCACCACUUUAUCCAACGCCUUCGUCAUCGCCACCAUCUCCCAGUCCAAGAAACUGCAGACCCCGGCCAACUUUCUGAUCGCGUCCCUCGCGGUCACGGACCUGCUGGUGUCCAUCUUGGUGAUGCCCAUCUGCGUCCUGUACACGGUCAUCCACACUUGGACGCUCGGCCAGAUCGUCUGCGACAUCUGGCUCUCCUCGGACAUCACGUGCUGCACGGCGUCCAUCCUGCACCUGUGCGUAAUCGCCUUGGACCGGUACUGGGCCAUCACGGACGCGGUGGAAUACUCCAAAAAGCGCACGCCGAGGCGCGCGGCGGGGAUGGUGGCCACGGCCUGGGUCAUCGCCAUCUCCAUCUCCCUGCCGCCUCUUUUCUGGAGGCAGGUCAAGGCGGAGGUGCUGACCAGCUGCAACGUCAACACGGACCACAUCUUCUACACCAUCUACUCCACUUUCGGGGCGUUCUACAUCCCCACGUUGCUGCUCAUCGUUCUCUACGGGCGGAUUUACGUGGAGGCGCGCAAACGGAUCCUAAAACAGUCGCCCAAGAAGGCGCAGGGAAAGAGGCUGACCUCUGCGCAUCUGGUCACGGACUCGCCCGGAUCCAUCACGUCCACCACGUCCCUCCACUGCUCCAGCGACACCGCCUCGUCCACCAGCGAGAACCAGGUGAAAGUGACGGUGUCGGACGCGCUUUUGGAGAAGAAGCGGAUCUCAGCUGCCAGAGAGAGGAAGGCCACCAAGACCCUGGGGAUCAUACUAGGCGCUUAUAUCAUCUGCUGGCUUCCCUUCUUCAUCUACACUCUGGUGGUGGCCACAUGCGAGAACUGCUUUCUGCCCGAGCUCUUCGACUUUUUCAACUGGCUGGGAUACUUGAACUCUCUCAUCAACCCCAUCAUUUACACCAUGUCUAACGAGGACUUCAAGAAAGCCUUCCACAGACUCGUGCGCUACAGAACCUACAUGAGAUGAACAAAAACAUCACUUUUUCGUUGCCAAAACCGACAUCGCUAACUGAGUUUAUAUGCUGUACAUGUGUAAAAUAAAAGUAAUUUUAUGCUAACAGUAAAACAUACAAGUGAGUCGCAGUCAUUUAAGAUGUGUUUAUGUUCGGACGGUUAAAUGAGCUCGGAUUUGAGUGACAGCACUCGUGCGUAAAGGACCUCUUACGCAUGACGCACGAGGAGCGAUCCAGUCAGAAGUGAUGCAAGACACAGCGGUCUCGACAGGUUUAAGUUCUAAUGUGUUUGGAGUGAAAUAUUUGCUUCCUAAUUUUGCUCACGCUCACCUGUUUCAUUAUUUAUAAGUAAAUAAAAGUGCUUUAUUCGAUGUUUGGAUCUGCCUGUUGCUGCUGUCUCUGGGUAACAACUGUGGCAAUCAUUAAAUAUUGACAGCUGUGAUGGUCCAAAACAAGACAAGAUGAGUCUGAAAGAUACUAAAAUCAUGCUGCAAUAUAAGUGAGAAAUAAAUACAAGCGUUCAUGUUUUCCUUUUUUGUCCAGAGUUGUGGGAUAUAAUUCAUUUUUUUGGUACC